GGGCUAGCGGCGGCACCCAGCCUCGGGAAGCUGAUGCAACUUUCCCUUUAAGAAAGCCACCUGGGCGCAUCGCGGUGCGGACCCAGCACGCCUGGGCCGGGGGCUGCAGCAUGCUCCUGAGGUCUCUAGUCUGAAAGGUGCUGGAAGCAGAGCCAGUAAGUGUUAUCCAGGACUCCAGAGCCCCCAACCCACUGCCACCAUGGUAGGAAAAGGUGCCAAAGGGAUGCUGAAUGGUGCUGUGCCCAGCGAGGCCACCAAGAGGGACCAGAACCUCAAACGGGGCAACUGGGGCAACCAGAUCGAGUUUGUACUGACGAGCGUGGGCUAUGCCGUGGGCCUGGGCAAUGUCUGGCGCUUCCCAUACCUCUGCUAUCGCAACGGGGGAGGUGCCUUCAUGUUCCCCUACUUCAUCAUGCUGGUAUUCUGCGGGAUCCCUCUCUUCUUCAUGGAGCUCUCCUUCGGCCAGUUUGCAAGCCAGGGCUGCCUGGGGGUCUGGAAGAUCAGCCCCAUGUUCAAAGGUGUGGGCUAUGGCAUGAUGGUGGUGUCCACGUACAUUGGCAUCUACUACAACGUGGUCAUCUGCAUCGCCUUCUACUACUUCUUCUCAUCCAUGACGCACGUACUGCCCUGGGCCUACUGCAAUAACCCCUGGAACUCGCUUGACUGUACUGGUGUGCUGGAUGCCACCAAUCUCACCAAUGGCUCCCGGCCUGCCUCCUUGCCCAGCAACCUCUCCCACCUGCUCAACCACACCUUCCAGAGGACCAGCCCAAGUGAGGAGUACUGGAGGCUCUACGUGCUAAAGCUGUCAGACGACAUCGGGAACUUUGGGGAGGUGCGCUUGCCCCUCCUCGGCUGCCUCGGUGUCUCCUGGGUGGUUGUCUUCCUCUGCCUCAUCCGAGGGGUCAAGUCUUCAGGGAAAGUGGUGUACUUCACGGCCACAUUCCCCUAUGUGGUGCUGACUAUCCUGUUCAUCCGUGGCGUGACCCUGGAAGGAGCCUUCACAGGCAUCAUGUACUACUUGACCCCACAAUGGGACAAGAUCCUGGAGGCUAAGGUGUGGGGGGAUGCUGCCUCCCAGAUCUUCUAUUCACUGGGCUGUGCCUGGGGAGGGCUCAUCACCAUGGCUUCCUACAACAAGUUCCACAACAACUGUUACCGGGACAGUGUCAUCAUCAGCAUCACCAACUGCGCCACCAGUGUCUAUGCUGGCUUCGUCAUCUUCUCCAUCCUUGGCUUCAUGGCCAACCACUUGGGUGUGGAUGUGUCUCGUGUGGCAGACCACGGCCCCGGCCUGGCGUUUGUGGCUUACCCUGAGGCCCUCACACUGCUGCCCAUCUCCCCCCUCUGGUCCCUGCUCUUCUUCUUCAUGCUCAUCUUACUGGGGCUGGGCACUCAGUUCUGCCUCCUAGAGACACUGGUCACGGCCAUUGUGGAUGAGGUGGGGAAUGAGUGGAUCCUGCAGAAAAAGACCUACGUGACCUUGGGCGUGGCUGUGGCUGGCUUCCUGCUGGGCAUCCCCCUUACCAGUCAGGCAGGCAUCUACUGGCUUCUGCUGAUGGACAACUACGCAGCCAGCUUCUCCUUGGUGGUCAUCUCCUGCAUCAUGUGUGUGUCUAUCAUGUACAUCUACGGACACCGCAACUACUUCCAGGACAUCCAGAUGAUGCUGGGAUUCCCACCCCCAUUCUUCUUCCAGAUCUGCUGGCGCUUUGUCUCACCGGCUAUCAUCUUUUUCAUUCUCAUCUUCACGGUGAUCCAGUACCAACCAAUCACCUACAACCACUACCAGUAUCCAGGCUGGGCUGUGGCCAUCGGCUUCCUCAUGGCUCUGUCCUCUGUCCUUUGCAUCCCACUCUAUGCCCUGUUCCAGCUCUGCCGCACAGAUGGGGACACCCUCCUCCAGCGUUUGAAAAAUGCCACAAAGCCAAGCAGAGAUUGGGGCCCCGCCCUCCUGGAGCACCGGACUGGGCGUUAUGCCCCCACCAUAGCUCCCUCCCCAGAAGAUGGGCUUGAGGUCCAGCCACUGCACCCAGACAAGGCCCAAAUCCCCAUUGUGGGUACCAACGGCUCCAGCCGCCUCCAGGACUCCCGGAUAUGAGCACAGCUGUCAGGAGAGUGCCCCACGCCCAUCCCAUGCUCCCACCACAGAAACUGGGUGGGCAUUGGACAGUGUUGCCCGCCUGCCCCUGCCACAUCCUGUGCAGGGUGGCUGCUGUCACCUUGGCCACCACUGCUAGCACGGCCACUCGUGCUCGUGUCCCCAGUGUUUACAGAUCCCUUGGAUGGCCAACAUGGCAGCAGGGGUGGGGGCUGACAGGAAGGGUGCUGGGGGGCCCAAAGCACUUUGAAGGGGUCUCAGGCCAGGUCCUCAAAGGCCUCCCCUGCUGGGCUUUACUUGGCCUCUGAUGCCCCCCUACUCUGCCCUGAGCUGAGGUUCUGGUGGACCCCCACAUGCCCCCUCCUUGGGCCUCCAGCCUCCUGAGCAGUGUUCCUGCCCUCAGAGCAGACCCCAGUCUUUGCCAAGGCAAAUUUGGGUCUUUCUAAAGGGGGUGGGCAAGGGACUGAGGAGCUGUGCAGUGUUACUUGUCAAGCGGUGUCACCCAGCCCUAUUUGUGUAGUUAUUUUUCUAAAUAUUGUAUUAUCUGUGGUUGCCACCUCCUUGCCCCCAGCCCAGGGCCCAGUCUGUCUUCCAGGCCUGCCUGCACCUCACUCGGCUGCUCCAGGGUCUCUGCCCCUCAUUCCAGCCCUGGCUGUCGGGCCCAGCCAGUAGAAGCCUGUGACCUAGCAGCCUGCCCAAAGCACUUGUUUCAGGGCUGGGGGGCGGGGGAGGGCUGCCCAGCAGGAAGUUUGAGCCCAGAGCACUGGGGAAGGGGACCCUGCACGACCCCCCUUGCCCUCCCUCCACCAGGCUAAAAGCCUAGUCUUCCUAAACCGUGCUGCCCUGUUCACAUGCCAAAUGGCCCCAGCCCGCGUGCCCCCCACCCCUCCAUGAAGCCAGAGUUCCUUUUCCCAACCCCUUCAGUGUCCGUUUGUCCAUCCUCUGUGCCCCUCUGUGCAAUGACAGUCCUGGCCAAGCUGCCUCUAAUCCUCUGUAGCAAUAACGGUGCGCCGCCCACCCCUGCCCAUCCGUGCACCACUAGGAUUUUAAAGUCCAUAGAUUUUAAUGAAAUUUUUAUUCCUGUCUCUGA